AUGGAUAAUGCUCAAGGCGAACAGGGACGUCCGACGGCCGAGUCGACCACUUCGACUACUACCACAUCAGGCCCGCACACCAUGACUACCACGACUACUACCACUUCUGGACAGGGCACUACAGUCCGCCACUUUGGGCCCGACUCAACCACCGUCACAUCUCCUACUAUAACUACGACCAGCCGGCCAACCUCGUACCAGCCCUCCAUCGCCGAAUUAUACGCACAACAGCCCUCGACACCGCAACGAGUACGAAGCUCCUCCAUUCGGAUACGAAGACCCACCCCUCAACCGAGCGCACACGAUGCCCAGCGCGCCUCAGUACCAGAUCCAGUCGAAGAUGCCAAUGAGUCAUGGCAAGCUGGCCGACGACGAAGCAAUUCCGAGCCGCGCCCACCACCACAGGCCAUGUUCGGUGACGAUGGCCUCCGACGCGAAGCAACUACAUCGCACCCACACAUGCAGCCUUUAUACGAGGGCAUUGCAGUUCCAGGACGCUCUACCCCUUCGCAAGGUCCUAGCAAUCCGCGAAGAGGUCUAACUCGGCAGUCUUCAGCUUUUACAAUGCGACGGAAUUCGCGAACCCCAAAUCAGAACAUGAUGGGCCACAACGUCGUAGACGUGCUAGAUGUCAUUGAUCCUGAAGUAUCUGCCUUGACCACACUGAAUAACGUUCAAAACUCUCUCUUCCUACCCAACCUGCCAUGGCUCUACAAUCGUCAACCGACCUACGAUCUAGGACAGACUUCAUCUGAUUCUUCAGAUGAAGAGAACACCACUGGUACCCGGAGGCCAAGACGCGACGACCAAAACGAACUCCUCGAAACGGAGCAACCUGGUGACGGCGAGGCGCCAGUGCGUGGACACUUGCCCAGACAGAAUACCAUCAACUCAACACUAUCGACCUUGGACGAUGGCCCUGGCCACCGCUACGCCGUACUACCACACGGUGCAUCGCUGACCGGAUGGACUGACGAAGAAAAGGAGGCUCUGGACGACCAUGUGCGCCACCUGCUGCACUCUCGACGCGCAAAAUUUAAACGGACCAUGAAGGGCUUCGGACGUUACGUGCGUAAUCCAUUGGGCUUCAUCGUCACCCUUUACUUCUUUCUCAUCACCUUCUGGGGAGCAGCAUGGGUGCUCUUUCUCAUCGGUUGGAUCUACGUCGGUAAUCGCCAAGACUACUUUGUCGAAAUCGCGGAUCAGAUUCUUACCGCCUUGUUUUGUGUUGUCGGCAUCACCAUGUUUCCCUUCCGUCUUGUUGAUACCUACCAUAUGGCGUUUGUCGCUCACUACGCACACAAAACCUGGAGAUUGCGCAAGGAACGAGGGCUGCAAGCCUUGAAGAACCGCAACGAGCUACCAACCAUGCCUCAGUCGUCCGCCUGGGAAACCGGCGAAUGCGAACGAGAAGGUGUAGAAGCACCCGUCCUUACUGCCGCUGAGCAAACCAAACUCGAAUACCACCAAGGCAAGCUCGCAAAGUCGCAUACGUUCUACCGGCCGCAUGAAACUUAUACUCACCAUGCCUUCUCCAUCCGCCUUCUCAUCACCAUCAUCGUCCUGCUCGACUUCCAUUCCAUGUUCCAGUGCGCGCUUGGUGGCACAACUUGGGGAAUAUAUUACAAGAACAGGCCCAAGGAAGUUACUGCCAUCAUCCUGAGUUGCAGUUUAACUUGCAACAUCAGCGCCGGUAUCAUUAUUGGCCGCGGUGAUAAGCGGAGCCGCAAGAAGCUUGUCGUAGAACAGAUUCUGCGCCAAGAAAUGACGGAAGAGGCGCUCAAGAAACUUCGCAAGGAACGUGGUAUCAAGGCAAAGGGACUCCUGACGAGAAAGCAAAAGUUGCAAAUUCAAAAGGAGAUGGGUGAGGAGCCCAAGAAUCCUCUUGACACGAUUCUGCAUCGCGGAUAG